CUGCCCCACAGGCAUGCCACGCCGAGCCUGCGUCAUACUCGCACUUCCCCAAGCUCCCUCUACUCGUACGCCUCUUUGAAGCUAACCACAUCUCAACCACAACAACCAGUUACCUCACCAACACACCAACUCGCAACAUCGGACCUGCACAGCUGUGUAUCCCCCAACGACUCAUCUCACAACGAGACAAAUAUCCUACCACGACUGACUUCGCGACGCUGGUCGGCGCACCAUACAAAGAUGGGGCGCUUGUGGCACUGCGCAACCCUCGCGGGAGUCUUCACGACUGUGUUGGCUGCAGAGGCCUUGACGCCGAAACAUGAGGCAGGAAGGUGUGCGAUACGUGGGAACUGUGGGAAAACGAGCUUCUUCUCCCCCGAGCUGCCUUGUUCGGAUAACGGGCUGGCAAGGGAGCCAACGGGUGAGGUGAGGAAACAAUUAGUAGAUAUAUGCGGGCCAAAAUGGAAUACAGGCCCGGUGUGCUGCGAGUCAGAGCAGGUAUGUCGUUGAGAGAUAGGUGGUUUGGCUCUUCUAAUCACUAAACAGCUCGACGCACUCUCCGAUAACCUCAAGAAAGCCAAUGCAUUCAUAUCUUCUUGCCCGGCAUGUAAAGCGAACUUCUAUAACCUGUUUUGUACAUUUACUUGUUCUCCAGAUCAGUCAUUAUUUGUCAACGUCACAGAGGCAACGUCAAAGAAUGAUAAGUUGAUGGUGACGGAAUUGGAUCAACUGAUAUCGGAGGAGUAUGGAGCUGGAUUCUAUGACAGUUGUAAGGAUGUGAAGUUUGGGCCAACAAAUAGUAACUCCAUGGGUUUCAUCGGUGGUGGGGCAAAGAACUAUACCGAUUUCCUCAAAUUCUUGGGGAAAAAGAACCCGCCCUUUGGUUCUCCUUUCCAAAUCAAUUUCCCGGAUCCUAAGGGUUACGAAGAACCUGGAGCAGGGCCUCUUUCUAUGGCACCGAAGAGGUGCAACGAUGAGGAUGAGAGCUUUAGAUGUGCGUGUCUCGAUUGUCCAGCAAUUUGCCCAAAACUUCCAGCAGUCACCGACGCUGGCUCAUGCCACGUGAGUCUGCUACCGUGUUUAUCCUUUGCGGCUAUUUUGACCUACAGUAUUGCUUUGGCAUUGCUUUUCACGGCUCUAUUUGGACAUAUCGCUGUUGCAAAACAUAAGCAACGAAAGAGCCAACGACUGCAACUUCUUCAGGACCCAACUCCAAGCGAUGAAGAGGAUGAAGGGGACAUUAUUCACAAUACUGCAAUGUAUGACCGGCCUCAGAGAAACUACUGGAUUAAUACUGUUUGCGACAGUGCGUUCAGCAAGUUGGGUUAUGUUGCCGCCAGAUUCCCUGGCAUAACAAUUGGGGUCAGUGUGCUUCUCGUUGGAAUUCUUAGCAUCGGAUGGGUCAAAUUUCAAAUUGAAACGAAUCCUGCCAGACUGUGGGUUAGCCCAACCUCGGCUGCAGCCCAAGAAAAGGCAUUCUUUGAUGAGAAUUUUGGCCCAUUCUAUCGAACCGAGCAAGUCUUUCUUUCAAAUGGCACACAAUCGGAUGCCACAAGUCCUGUUCUUAGCUAUGAAACCUUGAAAUGGUGGCUGGAAGUCGAGGAUCGCAUCAGUCUAUUGAAGGGAUCAAAAACGGGCUCCACUAUGGAAAGCGUUUGCCUCAACCCCACUGGUGAUGGUUGUGUGGUUCAAUCGGUUAGUGCAUAUUUUGGAAGCAGCGCCGACAACGUCACUCCAACUACCUGGAAAGAGAAGCUUCGCAAUUGUGUCGAUUCGAAUGUCAAUUGUCUUCCAAAAUUUGGAAUGCCGGUUGAUCCUAAGCUAGUCCUUGGUCGCAAUCCCUACUCCGACGAUCCUGUAGAUACUCCCGCGAUUAUUACCACAUGGGUUAUCAACAGCGGCGCAGAAGACUCAAAGACGGUGGCUACUGCAGCGGAUUGGGAAGAAACUCUCAAAACCACGUUGCUUGGCCUCCAAACCGAGGCAAAUGAUCGAGGUUUAAGACUCUCCUUCAGCACCGAAAUCAGCUUGGAAGAAGAGCUCAACAAAUCUACAAACACAGAUGCAAAGAUAGUAGUGAUAAGUUACAUUAUCAUGUUUUUCUACGUAUCAUUGGCUCUUGGUUCGACUACGCUUUCUGUCAAAUCAGUCCUGCGAAAUCCAUCAACCUUCCUUGUGGAAUCCAAGUUUUCUUUGGGGGUGGUUGGCAUUCUCAUCGUACUAAUGUCCAUAUCAGCAUCCAUUGGCCUCUUCUCUUUUGCAGGUAUCAAAGUUACCUUGAUCAUUGCAGAAGUUAUUCCCUUUAUAGUCCUAGCAGUUGGUGUUGAUAAUAUCUUCCUUAUCGUUCACGAAUUUGAGCGUGUGAAUAUCAGCCACGCAGAUGAGGUUGUUGAACACCGUAUUGCAAAAGCUUUGGGCCGGAUGGGACCAUCUAUUCUCCUUUCGGCAAUUACCGAGACAAUUGCCUUUGCCUUGGGUGCCUUCGUCGGUAUGCCUGCUGUUCGAAACUUUGCCAUUUACGCCGCAGGUUCUGUGUUCAUCAAUGCUAUAUUACAAGUCACGAUGUUCAUCUCAGUGCUGACGCUCAAUCAACGAAGAGCAGAGGAUCACCGAGCUGAUUGCUUUCCCUGCGUUCGGGUUAAGGGUGCCGCGGUACACCUCAGUUCUUCAAAUGGAAAUGGUUACAUCGCAUCUUAUGAAGGUCAAGAGGAAGGCGCCCUUCAAAGAUUCAUUCGCAAGAUUUAUGCUCCCGCAAUCCUGGGCAAAAAGGCCAAGGUCGGGAUUGUGGUCGUAUUCCUGGGUAUCUUUACUGCUGGGGUUUCUUUGAUUCCCGAGGUCGCUCUUGGUUUAGAUCAGAGGGUGGCAAUCCCAGAUGGAUCGUACCUGAUCCCAUACUUCAACGAUCUCUAUGAUUAUUUUGAGUCGGGAGCUCCAGUGUAUUUUGUCACGCGCGAGGUUAACGCUACGCAAAGAGUUCAUCAGCAAGAGCUCUGCGCUCGAUUUACAACUUGCGAGCAAGAGUCGCUCACGAAUAUCCUGGAGCAGGAACGGAAACGCCCAAACGUCUCUUAUAUCGCUUCAACGGCUGCAAGCUGGGUCGACGACUAUUUCCGCUGGUUGGACCCAGAAUUAGAGGAUUGCUGUGUAGAAAAGGGAGAUACAUGCUUCAAGAACCGAGUUCCAGCGUGGAAUGUAACACUUUCCGGAAUGCCUGAAGGGGAAGAGUUUAUCCACUAUUUGCAAAAGUGGGUAAGCUCACCAACGGACCAGGCAUGUCCUCUAGGUGGAAAAGCAUCAUAUGCCAAUGCUAUCGUAAUUGAUGAGAAGAGGACGACGAUUCCUGCUAGUCACUUCCGCUCAAGUCACACACCACUUCGCAGCCAAGAAGAUUUCAUCGCAGCCUACGCUUCGGCAAGACGAAUCUCAGAUGCCUUGACCAAAAGUACAGGAAUUGAGAUCUUCCCAUACAGUGUUUUCUACAUUUUCUUCGACCAAUACUCCACCAUCGUCCGCCUGACAGCCGCCUUACUUGGCUCCGCACUCCUAAUGAUUCUCGUUGUUUCAUCUAUCCUCCUGGGAUCCGUCAAGACCGGAGCCGUCGUAACGGCAACUGUGACGAUGAUUGUUGUUGAUAUCAUCGGUUUCAUGGCUAUCUUCAACGUCUCCCUCAACGCAGUGAGUCUCGUCAACCUCAUCAUCUGCGUCGGCAUCGGCGUCGAGUUCUGCGCCCACAUCGCGCGCGCAUUCAUGUUCCCCUCGCGCGCGGUCAUGGAGCGAGCACAGAACAAGUUCCGCAAUAAGGACGCGCGUGCCUGGACGGCGCUUGUCAACGUCGGCGGCUCGGUCUUCUCUGGGAUCACCAUCACCAAGUUUGUGGGUGUUAGUGUGCUGGCCUUUACCCGCAGUAAGAUCUUUGAGAUCUACUACUUUAGAAUUUGGCUGGCCCUGGUGCUUUUCGCUGCGACCCAUGCGUUGGUUUUCUUACCUGUGGCGUUGAGUUUGCUUGGUGGCGAGGGGUAUAUUGAUCCUGAGAGUGAGGGGGGUCUUGAGGAGGAUUUGGCGAGUAGACGGUAUAGGGCUUUGCUUCCGGAUGAGGGGGAGGAGAGUGAGGACGAGUAUUAGUGUGUGGGUCGGGUUUUCUUUUGUUGUGCUAUUUUGGAUUGAUGGGUGGGUGAGGAUAGAUUGGGAAUUUGGAGAGAAUGGAAAGAGGAGGAUGGGGUGUAAUACAUAAGAUAAGAUUAUAGCAUUUUUUGGAGGGAUGGGUGUAUUGAUUUGAUGGGGUUUCUCUUUUUCCUUUUUCUUAUGUGUCACAGGUGGAUAAUUUUGUACAUUGCAUCGAGCAUGAAUGAGAGAAAUAUACUGGACUGUAGUAGUAUUACCUUUCACGAUGUGCUUAUGACGGGAAAGUGUGGAAUGGUGUAAGCCCGAUUAUAAAAAU